AUGGCGAAAUCACAAGGCAUCACAGUUUCUCCUCCUGCGCAGCAGCAAGGAAGCAAGAAUGUUCAGACUGGACGUCCCCAGAAUAUACUCACCUUAAGCUUGACUAAAGGAAAUACAACCUAUGAUGAAUUUAAACAUGGAUUCCCAUCUGAUGGCUUAUCCACUGCAUCCAAUAAAUGGUGGGGAAGCAACAGCCCUGAUGGUUAUGAGAGCGUUCGUGGAGAAGGAGCUGAGACUGAUGAAGGCAAGAAACAUCAGUCGGAAAAAUUGGCAGAUGAUGGUGCAAGUUCAACUGUAGUGGACAAAGAGAAAUGUGAAAGUGGAAAAGAAGAGAACAUUAGUUCCCAAGGAACAGAUUUAUUGAUGGCUGUGAGAAAAAGAAGUCUGGAAGAAGGGCAAAAAGCACUUAAGCUUGGUGUUUUCCGGGGUUAUGGUGCAAAGAAGCUAGGCAGAAGGGAGAGGGCAUUGCUUCUCCGAAUAUUCAAAUCUUCAACACCAGAGCAAUGGAUUCAUGAAUUCUCUUAA